GUGAACCUCUGCUAUAUAUAAACUCGUCGAACUCGUAGAUUUCACUUGCCGGAUAUCUCGAAGACAUAUAUACAUGAUCAGAGAAGCUUAACACCAACGCUUUCCGAGAAGUUUAGAACUCUGUUUCUCCCUUUCUCACUCAUCACGUGACUUUUAUGUUGAGUUCUUUCUCACUCAUCACGUGUCUUUCAUCUGUGUACUUCUCUCUCUAUCAAGCAUUCAAGCUAUAGAUCGGAUCUCUCUUUCUCUUCCUUUCCUUUUUCCUUCUUCUUCUUCAUCAUCAUCUCUCUCUUUCAUUCUUUGGCCCUAGAAAUCACCUCCUUUUAUUAGUCUCUCUCUUUCUCUGCAAUUUCAUACUUCUAUUUUCUUCCUCCCUUGAGAUUUUGCAGAGAAGAUAUGAAUUCGGGGACUCAAGAUUCGAGCAAUCCCCAGACAACUACAGCAGAAGAUGAGACUUCUAAACGAAACACUGAUUGUGUUUAUUUUCUUGCAUCUCCUUUGACUUGCAAAAAGGGAAGUGAAUGUGAAUUUCGCCACAGCGAAGAAGCUAGAAUGAACCCUCGAGAUUGUUGGUACUGGAUGAAUAGCAAUUGCUUGAAUCCCAAGUGUCCUUUCCGACAUCCACCACUCGAUGGCCUGCUUGGAACUGCGACGACAACUUCGACGAGAUCAUCUAUGCCUCCUUCAUUGGCUGCAGCGCCAAUGCAGAUUCCCACAGCCUACAAUCCUGUUACUAAUGCGGGGAAACAAAUGAACCCCCACACACAAGCGACCCCCUGUUAUUACUUCCAAAAGGGACAUUGCUUAAAGGGUGACAGAUGUGCAUUCUUGCAUGAAGUGUUUGUUGAUAAUUCCACCCUUCAGCCGCCUGCAACAAAGGUCACUAACUCUGUUUCUGAGCCUCAGAUUCCUAAAAGAGUUGGUGCAGGUCUUCAAAGGUGUAGUACGCAACAACAGAAGACCCAGCAAGGAAACUUUGGAAAGCCAGUGGAAUUAAAACUUGUAGCGAAACCAUCAGAAAACAAUGAUUUUGCACAAAUAAAGUACGGAACAGAUGUUAAGAGGUCUGUGCCACAGGUAGUGAACUCGUUCCGCGAAGAGCUUCCGAGGUACAAACCACCGAAUAGUCGUACAGUUACCAGUGCAGACCCAGUUAGCAGGACUCAUCGUUCUCGACAAGCUUAUCCAAUGGAUUAUCCGACCUUCCAGAAUGGCAAGGAACCUGAUGAGUUCUUGUCAGAAUCGUCUCCUGGUUUUGAUGUACUUGUAGAUGACGAGCUGAGAGAUUCUGACUACUACCGCAAUGAGGAUGAUUUUGGGAGAAUGGCGAGCCAUGAUGGAAGACGUGUAAGCUCUGUGAACGAACUUGAUCACAGACGAUCCUCUGAUUACAGUUCUGUGAGUAAAUUUGACCAAGAAACAUACAACGGUUCUCGCGGGUUUGAUUCAUAUGGACGGGUGCAGGAUCAGUUUCUUCAGGAAAAGCGACGACCUUCAUCAGAGAGAGUUACUGAGAGGCCAGUUUUGCUUGAAAGGAGGGGGUCUUCAAGAGCUCGGAGCCCGAAUCAGAUUGAUAGAUCGGAUUUGCGUUAUCAUCUGGCAAAACAGAGGAAGGUUGAUGGGUCGAGGUCGGCUGUUAGUCCUGAUCGCCGUGGUGAGUUUUACAAGAGAGAUGACCGUGAGCGUGAUCGUGACCUUAGUUUUGGGGAUGAGAGGUCUCGUGAUCAUUCUCGUCGGAACCCACGUGAGAGCUCCGUAAUAAGCAAUCGAUUGCAAGGUAGAAUACAAAUCCCUGGUAGAUCUCCACCAGACAAUCGCUAUAAUGAUUCUCAUCAAGAGAGGGAGAUGGACAGCGAAAGACAUGGGGGUAGAUUGUCACCACCUAGUCGGUUGCUAACCUCGUCCAUCCCAGGUAGGCUUCAAGACAGAAUAAAGCAAAGAACGCUCAACAGUUUCACUGCAGAUGAUAGAAGUUUCAGGACUCCACCAGUCAGAAGGGACGAGGCAGAUAACGGCACUUUAAAUUUUGCUGGUCCAAAAAGGCUAGCAGAGCUAAAAGGACCAAAGGUUUCUGAUGAGAAUCAUUGGAAAAACAAAGAGACCAGAAAGCUUGUGAGUUAUCAUGAAGCAGAUGGGGCGCUUUCUUUUGAUGGUCCAAAGCCUUUGGAUGUGAUUCUUAAAAGGAAACGAGAAGAAGGAAAUUCGGGUUCCGGAGAUGACCCUGUUUCUGCCAACGAAGAGGAAAGUCGGACUAGGAGGGGUAUGCCAUCUAGAGAAGAAGAUGUUGAUGAAGAAGAAGAAGGUCUGAUCUCUGCAGAAGGUGAUGAUGCUGCAGCUCAUGAAGCCCACUCCUCUGAACCAAAAGGAGUUGAGCUACAAGAUGUGGAACACGAGAUGGUUAAUGACAAAUUGGACGACCAAGAAUUUGAAUCUUAUGAUCAGAGAGAUGCGGAAUCUGAUUACGAACCAGUUGAUGGUGGUGUGGAUUUCAAGACAGAAGAAGAUGAUAUUAAUGCUGAAGCAGAAGCAGAAGAGGAUUUCUCUGAUGAUGAUGGGGAUGAUUUUGCAAAGAGAAUUGGUGUAAUGUUUUCUUGAGGAGAGAGAUUUAGAUCAUAUUGACUGCUUCCUUACUACUGUAUGAUGAUUUGGGUACCAAUGGUCUCACUUGUAGGGGCUGCUGCUUCAAUCUCAAGAUUAGUACAAGACAGCUCUAAAGAGCAAUGUAUUAGAUAUAUUUGGUUUUCUAAGUAUUAGUAAGGAAACCUUUUUCUUUUCUUUUCGUUUUCUGCUUCUUUGUUAUGUAUCAGUAGUGAAAGAAGAAGUCCUUUUCACUGUAUUUAGACAUUGAGUGAUAAUCUCUUUCUGGGCAAUGCUCAUAAAUAUUUAAGCAGUUCAAUACUGAAAAUUUUGUUUAUUUAUGCCAUA